AACCGCGUUGUUUAUUCCUUCAAACAAUUCUUCGAUAGUCACUCCCCGCCUCUCAACUGAACAAGCAGCCAAGAAGUACCAACAAUAUGGAAGAGCUCAAAACAGUGAACACCCACAACCAAAACGACGACGUAGAGUCCGAAAACGAAGACGACAAACCAAUGCUGAGCUCGCAAGCUCUAGCAGCUCUACAAGAAUUCUUCGACCAGCAAAACCAAAACCAAACCCUAGAUACCGAAACAGCUGGGUCGGAAUCACACACCGUCGCCUUGGUUUCGGAAAACUGGCGGCUGAGUCAGUUCUGGUACGACGCCUUAACGGCCGAAACGAUGGCCAACGAAGUCGUCUCUCUGUGCUCAAACUCCGGUUCGCGUGUCGCUUGCGUUGCCUGUCCCACGCUCUACGCCUACAUAAAGAAAAUUGGACCGAAUGUGGCGGCGCAAAUUCUAGAAUACGACGAGCGGUUUGGGCAAUAUGGUACUGAUUUUACGUUUUAUGAUUAUAAUCUACCGGCGGAUUUGCCGUUGGAGCUGAAGCAUGCGUUCAAUAUUGUGAUUGCGGAUCCUCCUUACCUGAUUGAUUUUGAACCUGAGUACCUCAUGGAGUUUGAGUCAAAUCCAGACAUUGAUGAGAAACCGCCUAUUCCCCUUAGGGAUGCACUUGAGAAGAUGAAACCGUUCUUGAUGGCCUAUGAGGGAAUUCAAAGUCAUGAAGAGUGGGAGGAAGCUGUCAAUGAAGUUAUGGAGAGAGUGCCGUUACUGAAAGAGCUUGUUGAUGAGUACAGUGGACCUGAUAGGGUAACUGCUAAGCAACAACAGGAGGAGUUGGAAAGAGUAGCCAAAACUGUUCCCAAAAGUGCACCAGCUUCUGUAAAACGGUUUGCAAACCGUGCAGUCCUUUCUCUUCAGGUUAGUAUUUCCCGUUGUGAUCUGGCAAAUAGUUUUUAAGUUGAUUUGGCAUGGAA